GUCAUCAGAGACAAGGAGAGUCUGAGAAACCGUCCCAGCCUCGGGGAGCCUGAAGAGACAGAACGAGUAGAUGCCAUGUGGCAUCCAGGAAGACAUUGUUGGGGGUGGGGCAGGGGGAAGGACAUCAGGGGAGAGCGAAGGAAGCGUAGGCCUCAGCAGCUGUGUGGCAGCACUGGCUUAUUUACUUUUUAUUUUUUAUUUUAUGUUUAUUUUAUUUUAUUUUUUGAGACAGAGUAUCACUGUGUCACCCAGGCUGGAGUGUAGUGGCGUGAUCUCGGCUCACUGCAACCUCCGCCUCCCGGGUUCAAGUGAUUCUCCUGCCUCAGCCUCCCGAGUAGCUGGGAUUACAGGUGCCUGCCACCACAUCUGGCUAAUUUUUGUAUUUUUAGUAGAGAUGGGGUUUCACCAUGUUGGUCAGGCUGGUCUCGAACUCCUGACCUUGUGAUCUGCCUGCCUCGGCCUCCCAAAGUGCUGGGAUUACAGGCAUGAGCCACCGCACCCAGCCAGCACCGGCUUAUUAAUGGUGAGAUGUUAAUGGGAAAACUGGGCCUGUGAGAUAUGGGAGCUUUUACUAUUUUUACAAUAAUUCUGUAAAUCUAAAACCAUUCUAAAAUUAAAAAUUUAUUUUUAAAAUGCAAUAUAUUUGUUUUCCUUUUAAAGCACUUCCCUCCUCAUUCUUACCCAACGGGACACACCUUCUCAAGUACUUAAGUAAUUCUUUUUUUUUUUUUUUUUGAGACUGAGUCUUGCUGUCACCCAGGCUGGAGUGCAGUGGCGCGAUCUCAGCUCACUGCAACCUCUACCUCCCAGAUUCAAGUGAUUCUCCUACUUCAGCCUCCCGAGUAGCUGGGAUUACAGGCGUCUGCCACCACACCUGGCUAAUUUCUUGUAUUUUUAGUAGAGACAGGAGUUUCAUAUCGGCCAGGCUGGUCUCGAACUCCUGACCUUUAAUGAUCCACCUACCUCAGCUUCCCAAAGUGCUAAGAUUACAGGUGUGAACCACUGUGCCCAGCAAGUAAUUCUUAUGAACAAAUUAGCCUUAUAAAGUUGUCAUAAACAUUAUGUGAUGUGUGGCCAGGUUAGAGUCCUGUGUGACCCGGUCUGAGCUGGCCUCUGGGCAGCAUGCCGUGUGGGGGCUGCCACAAGCUGAUUCAGGGAGCACCGGCCUGGGGUGACGCACGCCUGUCGGGCGGAGGGCGGCCUGGGGUGACACGGAUGGUGACCUGGGAUGACGCGCGCCUGUCGGGAGGAUGGCGGCCUAGGGUGACACGGAUGGUGGCCUGGGAUGACGCGCGCCUGUCAGGCGGAUGGCGGCCUGGGGUGACGCGCACCUGUCUGGUGGAUGGCGGCCUGGGGUGACGCGGAUGGCGGCCUGGGGUGACGCGCACCUGUCGGGCGGAUGGUGGCCUGGGGUGACGUGGAUGGCGGCCUGGGGUGACGCAGAUGGUGGCCUGGGGUGACGCGGAUGGCGGCCUGGGGUGACGCGCGCCUGUCGGGCUGAUGGUGGCCUGGGGUAACGCGGAUGGCGGCCUGGGGUGACGCAGAUGGUAGCCUGGGGUGACGCGGAUGGCGGCCUGGGGUGACGUGCGCCUGCACCGGGAGCAGCUUCCCUUGGCCAGUGCCCAUGUUCCUCUUUUCAUUUUUAUCUUUUCUGGGGAGGGCAGGGGGACGUUUUACUGUCUUUCCACUGAAUGUUAUGACCCUCCCCAUGCCCCGUGGAGGCACAGCUGAGGUGGGGCCUAUGUCUGGCUCCAGGGGGCCCUGAAAGGUACUUUUCACACCUCCCACCCCUCAGCACUGAGAGACCUCGGGAGGGGUACCGGUGACAGGGACGCGGGCCCCACCUUGCUGAACCCAGCAGCGAGGGCAUCUCUGCCUCUGUCCCUGGAGGCUGACAGCGGUAGUGUGGGAGCUGGGGCCUGGGUGGAGACCGGGUCAGAAACUCAGGUUUCGCCUGGGUGGGCCAUGAAUGUCCUGCCGAGGGUGAGACCCUCAGGGCUCUGGGUGGAGAGCAGCACCUGCCCAGAACCAGCAGACCCUUGUCCCGGCUGCACCAGGGGCCAGCGACCUUGUGCCCUCCUCCAUCCUGCAAGCCUCGGGCGGUGCUUGGCCUCACCUGCCUCUGUCUACUCAGGACUUUGAGGCCAGGCACUCCUGCAGGCAGAGAGGGGAAUUUCUGAGACUGAAGUUGUUACUGGGUAUUUUUUAACAGCGCUGUCUUAAAAAAUAGAUAGCGUGUCUCUGUGGCCCCGUCUAUUCUUGCGGCCACACGAACGUGCGUGUGUGUGUGCAGCUUCCCUCACGGCAGCCAAAACCCAGAGGCCGCCCAGCGUGCGAACACGCCAAGGUGUGACUGUCGGCACGGCACUGCCGAGCCGUGGGAGGGACUGGGUGGUGCAGCGGCCAGUGGAUCUCAGACCCUGAGCUGAGCACGACUGGAGAGGAUGGGCGCAUCCGAGCGUCUGCAGAGCACAGAGCGCGUCCGCAGAGCGGGUCCACACCUUGGGUGCGGCGAGCGGAUGUGAGCAGUGUGCCUGUGACCAGGGCUGUCUGCACAUCCGCCGGCCUAAGCUGCUUCUCAACCGAAACCCACUGGGACUCUGGCUGAGGCCGGCCCCAAGGAGCUUUGCCGAGGAGGGAGCACCUUGCCCCUGCCCAGAGCAGUCCCUCGCAUCCUCCUUCCCGUGAACCUGCAUCUUUGGUUGCAGUUACAGCUCUCACGCUUCCAUCUUAUGAAUCACAGGAGUCCCGUUGGUUUUGGAGGUAUUGUGGCCAGUAUUUUGGUUUUCUUAUGUUUUGGAGUCACACAAGCCAAAGACGGGCCAUUUUCCAGACCUCAUCCAGCUUACUGGAGGUUUUGGCUCUGCGUGAGUGUGGUCUACGAGCUGUUUCUCAUCUUUAUACUCUUCCAGACUGUCCAGGACGGCCGGCAGUUUCUAAAGUAUGUUGACCCCAAGCUGGGAGUCCCACUGCCAGAGAGAGACUACGGGGGAAACUGCCUCAUCUACGACCCAGACAAUGAGACUGACCCCUUUCACAACAUCUGGGACAAGUUGGAUGGCUUUGUUCCCGCACACUUUCUUGGCUGGUACCUGAAGACCCUGAUGAUCCGAGACUGGUGGAUGUGCAUGAUCAUCAGCGUGAUGUUCGAGUUCCUGGAGUACAGCCUGGAGCACCAGCUGCCCAACUUCAGCGAGUGCUGGUGGGAUCACUGGAUCAUGGACGUGCUCGUCUGCAACGGGCUGGGCAUCUACUGCGGCAUGAAGACCCUUGAGUGGCUGUCCCUGAAGACGUACAAGUGGCAGGGCCUCUGGAACAUUCCGACCUACAAGGGCAAGAUGAAGAGGAUCGCCUUCCAGUUCACGCCGUACAGCUGGGUUCGCUUCGAGUGGAAGCCGGCCUCCAGCCUGCGUCGCUGGCUGGCCGUGUGCGGCAUCAUCCUGGUGUUCCUGUUGGCAGAACUGAACACGUUCUACCUGAAGUUUGUGCUGUGGAUGCCCCCGGAGCACUACCUGGUCCUCCUGCGGCUCGUCUUCUUCGUGAACGUGGGUGGCGUGGCCAUGCGCGAGAUCUACGACUUCAUGGAUGACCCGAAGCCCCACAAGAAGCUGGGCCCGCAGGCCUGGCUGGUGGCGGCCAUCACGGCCACGGAGCUGCUCAUCGUGGUGAAGUACGACCCCCACACGCUCACCCUGUCCCUGCCCUUCUACAUCUCCCAGUGCUGGACCCUCGGCUCCGUCCUGGUGCUCACCUGGACCGUCUGGCGCUUCUUCCUGCGGGACAUCACAUUGAGGUACAAGGAGACCCGGUGGCAGAAGUGGCAGAACAAGGAUGACCAGGGCAGCACCGUCGGCAACGGGGACCAGCACCCACCGGGGCUGGACGAAGACCUGCUGGGGCCUGGGGUGGCCGAGGGCGAGGGGGCACCAACUCCAAACUGACCUGGGCCGUGGCUGCCUCGUGAGCCUCCCAGAGCCCAGGCCUCUGUGGCCUCCUCCCGUGUGAGUCCCACCAGGAGCCACGUGCCUGGCCUCGCCCUCAAGGUUUUUUGCUUUUCUCCUGUGCACCUGGCGAGGCUGAAGGCGAGGGGUGGAGGAGGCCCCAGCACAGCCUCAUCUCCAUGUGUACAUGUGUGUACGUGUGUAUGCACGUGUGUACACGUGUGUACGUGCGUGUGUACACAUGCGUGGCCGCCUGUGGUGUGCACAUGUGCUCUGGGCUCCAAGGCUUCUCCAGAGCCGGGAGCUGGCUGGCGUGGCAAGGGCAUGCUCUGGGGCAGUGUGUCCCUCAGGAACCAGGGUCCUCCCUCUCCUUUCUGCCUGGUCAGCCCCGUGGCCUCUGGCCCACCAAGCUCCCUGUCACCCAGCCAUGGUGUGGUCCAGGCAGGGACAUCUCGGUACCCUUUCUGCACUCCGUGGGCCCUGGGUGCGCUGAGCCCUGGAGGCGUCUACACUGGCUCCGCAUCCACUUCCCCCGCAGCUCGUGUGGGCGCUCGUCCACAAACACUCCAUGGCUGAGAGGCAGCGGAUCCAGGCGGCGAUGCUGAGCCACCUCCUCCGAGCCUUCCUUUCAAACAGACCACCCCGGAGGACACGUGGAUGAUGGGGUCAGAGAUCAUCCCUCAAGGGGAUGCUGGAGAGCUGCCCCUCAAGGGGGCCUGGAACCCGGGUGCUGGGGUCAUGCUGCCUCCGUGGCUCCGAGGUGAGGGUCAUCUUCACGAGCAAAGAGAACCAAUAAAGUGACAACGAACGUC